CAUCGCUGACCAUCGACUGCUCUUUUGAGAUGACCAGGUGUUCGUUUCGGGACGCUGUGUGACUGCUUCCUGCAAGAUCGUUGGCCCAAAUUCUCCCCAGGUUUUGCAGCCUAAAGUUCUGGCCCGGAUCGAAAGGCAAACCUCCUUCCAGUCGUGUCUGCCACCAUGGCCAAACGCCGCUUUUUGUAGAUGAAUAGUGCUUGCGAGAAGGUGGCACAGAGUAUGGCAGCUAUCAUGGUCACGCUAUAGAAAUUUGCUCGUUGUUUCAAACAACGGAGGUAGGAGCAUUCGACAGCCUCUCUUCCAAGAUAAACCAAACGCCUCCAACACCUUGCCCAGGCCUGGCAUUCAAUCAUUUGGUUAGUAUCCUCAUAAUCAUCCUUACACGAUCUAGAAAGGGUAGAAGUCUUGGUUCGACAUGGCUUCAACACAAUCCAAGAAACGCAUUGUCGUCUGCUGCGAUGGCACCUGGAUGGACAGCGACGGCAACUACCAAACCCCCAGCAAUGUAACUCGCAUUGCCCGCGCAAUCAGUCCCACAGGCAAAGACAAGUCUGGUACGGACAUCCAUCAGCUCGUCUUCUACGAGAACGGCAUCGGCACCGGUGAUAAUUCCUGGUACAACACAUUCGUUGGUGGUGCAACAGGAGAAGGCCUUGCCGAGCAUAUCCGAGAAGCCUACAGCUGGAUCUGCAUGAACUACAACCCUGGUGACGAAAUCUUCAUUCUCGGCUUCUCUCGGGGUGCCUUUACUGCUCGUUCAAUUUCAAGCUUAAUCAAUGCCGUCGGCUUGUUGACCUCCACAGGAUUGGAGUACUUUGUCCAGGUAUUUGAAGACUGGGAGUUCCAGCAGAAGAAAGACUAUGUGACCAGAUGGCCGAACCUUCCGUUCAUUGGCCACAAACCACCCGUCACAGACCCUCAGUAUCAACAGGAGCUGAUCAGCAAAGGCCUCACACGUUCCAAGAUCAAGGUCAAAUGCGUGGCAGUCUGGGACACUGUGGGUGGACUGGGUAUCCCCAUGAUCGGCCUUCUUCCUCAACCUCCGAGCAAAGAUUUUGCCUUUGUCGAUACGCGAGUCGAAUCAAAUAUCGAGUAUGCUUUCCAAGCACUCGCUCUGGAUGAACAUCGUCGACCAUAUUACCCGACGGUCUGGGAUUGGCCGCAAGUCGAGCCGAAUGAUCUAAAAGUUCUUCGGCAAACGUGGUUUCCGGGCGUUCAUAGUGAUGUCGGAGGAAGCUACGAUGACAACACUCUGGCCAAUCUCACCCUCGCGUGGAUGGUGUCUCAGCUGGACCCAAUCCUGACGAUCGACCACAAGUAUAUCUACUCGCUCAUUGACCCUGGUCAUCCUGGACUCCAGGGGCACAUGACGUUCACAACCAGCGGUCUUUCCAAAAUGGUUGAAAACACCAAACCGCACGCACGACCAUGGGGCCUGGGCAAGAUCCAUAACAGCAUGACCGUGUUCUUUAGGCUGGCCGGCUCCCGCAACCGCACGCCAGGCGAGUACCGUGAGGAGGAGCCGGCCAGCCAAUACGGCACGAUUCUCUGGAUCUUCUGGAAGAUCGGACACCGCAUCGCCAAAAUCUUGGGCAAGAAGGAACAGACCAUGCCGAGACUGCGCCGGACUGAGGAGACCAUUCACGCCAGUGUGCGAAUCCGUCGAGGGAAGAAGGGACUUGGGUACAAUGACAAGGGAGUCUAUGAUCCGCCGGCGCUCGGGGGGUGGGACAUGUCUGGCUUUGAGACAAAUCCGGAAACUCCUAUUGCGCUGAACGAGCCUGGUCAGGUCGGCACCAUGACGGGCGUGGUCUACAGGAAAGCAGUGUACCCGGAGACUGUGGUCGAUGGGAAAGUCAAGGUUCUUGCAGAUAAGGGAAAGACCAAGAUUCUGGAGAUGCAGGAGGAGCCUUUGGGCCCAUUCGAGAGGCAGAUCUUAGAUUUGUGGCCGGAGAUUCAGAAGGAUUUCGAUACGAUCGGGAAUGCUGGGUUUGGGCAGGACAGAGUGCAUACGGAGCCUCUCGGUCGGGAUACGAAUGGGACGAGUGUACGGCUUAGGCAGCCUGGACGGAGUGAGACAACUUGAUGCUGGUAGUAUUCGAUGAAGCUUGGAUCAACAGCAGUAUUGGUAUGGGUAUUGGUAUUGGUAUCUUCCUAUGACGAGGUCCUAACCAUGUGGUAAUAAAAAAGGGAGGAAAGGAGGCUAGGCUGACGCUUGGCGCUUUCAGUAAUGACUAUAAUGACUAUUUGACUAUUCCACGACGAUCGCGCUUUUGU